AGUUGUUUGGUCCCCCCUGCCGUACAGAUGGUGUCGCCCGUAACCCGGUAGAUAUCUCCUCUUGUCCCUCGCGCUUCCCUUUCCCGUGUCACCCAGCCCAGAAUAUGGCGAAGAUCAAGGCCCGAGAUCUGCGUGGUAAGAAGAAGGAGGAGCUGCUGAAGCAGCUGGAGGACCUGAAGGUGGAGCUGUCUCAGCUGCGGGUCGCCAAGGUUACCGGCGGGGCUGCAUCCAAGCUCUCGAAGAUCCGCGUGGUCCGGAAGUCCAUCGCCAGAGUCCUGACUGUCAUUAACCAGACCCAGAAAGAGAACCUGCGGAAAUUCUACAAGGGCAAGAAGUACAAGCCCCUGGACCUGAGGCCCAAGAAGACACGAGCCCUGCGCCGGCGCCUGAACAAGCACGAGGAGAACCUGAGGACAAAGAAGAUGCAGAGGAAAGAGCGGUUGUACUCCAUCCGCAAGUUCGCCGUCAAGGCGUGAGGCUGUCCCGUGUCAAGUGCAGUAUAAUAAAGUAAAGUGUGAAGAA